AUGUUUGGGUUUCGCUCUAGGAUAGGUUAUCAAAGUAUUGAAGAUGAAAGUACUCCAUCCCGAAUAUAUCCUAACAACAAUGAGCAAACGCUACUAAUUCCUGAAAGAACAAUACCGGAAGAUGAUGGACCGUCGGAUGUGUAUGGUGGUCCGCCAUUGGAACAUGAUAUCGCAACGAAUGAAGUAGAUAGAACCGUCGCAUGUUAUGCUGCUACGAGUUUUGGUGUUUUGUGGGAUGGAGUGGAGAAUUUAGACCAGUUUUUCACUCGAGUUUACGAAUAUCAUCAAAAUGGUGGAUAUCUUUGCAUAGUCAUUAAGCAUAUUCUUACCUUACUUCAAUUUAUAUUUGUCGUUUGGUUUGUCACUUUCUUGCAAGCACGCGUGGAUUACGACGUUUUGUUCAAGAAUAAAAAUAUCUCCGCAGAGGGAAAGCCAGUUGGUGGAAAAAUUCGGCUUGAAGAUGUCAUAUAUCCGGAUUGGAGUCAUGUAGAUGGCUUGACAUUAUGUUUGUUGGUUUUUGCCGUUUUCUUUUGGAUUUUUCGAGCUACACGGGUUUUUUAUCAAAUUUAUCAGUUUGGUGAAAUACGUACUUUCUAUCAUUCAGCACUGGGGAUUGAGGAUGCAUUAUUGCGCGACCUCAAGUGGCAAGAAGUUGUACAGCUUAUAUGCGAGAAACAGCCAUCUAUACAUUUAAUUUUAAACAAGGAUGGAAUUACCGCUUUGGACCUUUACCAACGUAUUUUGAGACAUAAGAAUUAUUUUGUUGCCCUUGUUAACAAGGAAAUACUGCCACCCAUAAUUAAUGUGCCUUUCAUUGGUUCAAUGCCAUAUUUACCGAACGGUUUGAAAAUGAAUUUGGAAUGGUUGUUGUUUUAUGGAAUGUGGUCACCAUGGAAGGGACCGUAUGAACUUAAGGAAGAGUACAAACAUCCACAGAAUGUUUUUAGGCUUGCAGAUGAAUUAGAUUCGGCAAUACUGAAAAUGGCUGUUGGCAAUUUUAUUUUUUUCCCACUUAUAUUCGUUUAUCAAGUUCUAUAUUUCUUUUUUACUUAUGGUGAGCUGCUAAAACGAGAUCCGGGUUCCUUUGCUAUGCGUAGGUAUUCAAACUUUGGAAGGAAUAAAUUGCGACAUUUUAACGAAUUAGACCACGAAUUGCGAAUGCGUCUUUCAAAAAGUCAUCGAGCAGCAACACAAUAUAUGGAGCAGUUUCUUUCACCUCUUGGGCAGGUUAUCGCUAGAAAAGUGCAAUUUGUUGCAGGUGCUAUCUGCAUAGUGUUGCUUUUGCUAACUCUGUGGGAUGAAGAUGUGUUGUCGGUUGAACACAUUCUCACGAUUAUAUCCACAUGCGGUUUGGUUGCUGUUGCAUGCCAGUCGUUCAUUGGAGAUGAAAAUAUGAUUUACUGGCCUGAAACACUGCUGGAUAUGGUGAUAGCACAUAUACAUUAUGCACCGGAUUCAUGGAGAGGGAAAGCCCACACAGAUACGGUUCGAAAAGAAUUUGGGCAUUUGUUUGAGCUGAAAGCGAAAUUUUUACUUGAGGAACUUCUGAGUCCAAUUUUAACUCCAUUUAUUCUACUCUUUUGGAUUCGUCCCAAAGCGAAAGAGCUUGUGGAUUUUUUCCACAAUUUUACGGUUUCUGUGGAAGGCCUUGGUGAUGUUUGCUCGUUCGCGCAGAUGGAUAUCAAGCAGCAUGGCGACCCAAAUUGGAGUUUUGAUGUACUUACUAAGGAAGAAAUUGCGAAUAUACAUGGAAGAGUUCAUGCUAAUGAUGGAAAAACGGAGUUGUCACUGGUGCAUUUUGCUAGUCAUUUUCCAGAGUGGAAACCACCACCUAGUGCUACUCGUUUUCUUGACGAUAUACGAGACCGCAUGGCGCAAGACAUGAAUACAUUGAAAGAAGGUGUCGUGGAUGAUAACAUACUGCUGAAUAGUUUACAUUCUUUUCACCCCAUUGCUGAACAGCAGCUUAGAAAUUUUAUAGGCCGACAGCCAUUUGUUGCAUCCUUGCAUGAUCUUGAUUUGUUUGGUGCAACAAUGAAUAUGUCUUUACAUGGUCAAAGAAAAAAUCAUAUAACUGAUAUGGUCAUUACGUCACAAACAGCCUCUUUAAGUAUUGCAUAUCUGCGUAGUUUACAUGCUCAGUGCGAUGGUCAUCGUCUUGAAAUGUUGUCCUCUCCGUUGAAAACGACGGCAUGUCAGCAUGUAGCGCAGAUCGCCGAAAUUUCUACAAAUGCAACACCAACAGUAAGUGAAACGGCAGUACGAUGUUCAAGCGAUACAACGACGGAAGCAGCAGGAAAUGUUUGGGGUGUACCAGCUCAAAGUACGAUUUCACCUCUUCAAGCUUCGCUUUCACCCCGAAGUGAAGAUGAACAGCUACAGCAGGAGCUGACUGGAAGUGAAUUACCACCUCCAGGAUUGUCACAUCAUAUUCUAGAUGUUUGA